AUGGCGGCCUUGCCAGCAGGUGUUCAGUAUGCGUUAUCAUCAGAGUCUAGUUAUAAAGAAAACAAGGAACUAGUGUUUGUGAAAUUAACGGAUUCAGCAUUAAAAGCUAUAGAAGACUUCAUUAGAAAUAAUAGGAAAAUUAACAUCAUAAGAAAUCAAGUGAUUUCUCUGACACAAAAAUUGAUAAAUGACAUAUAUGUCAAGCACAGAAGGGCGAAGAAAAAUAAAGGAAUAGAUCCCAACUGA